AUCAAGCCUGGUCAUAUACUAAAUUCUGUUAAUUUACCGUUCACUAAGGUUGUUGAUGAAACAACUAGACAUAUUUUACCAGAAGAAGAACUAAAGAAACUGUUUAAUGAUUCUGGUGUUGAUUUAAACAAACCUAUUACAGCUUCAUGUGGUUCAGGUAGGUUGAAUCAUAGCUUGUUAAUUUAUUUGCUAAUUUAA